AUGGGCGACGUGCUCGUAGAAAGCGCUCCCAACCACGUUUCCAUCCAGAAAAAGGCCAUCGCCUCGACGAUACCGAAUGUCGAGAGCUUUGAGGGGUUACCGCUCGAUGGCGGCGACGAGUACGCUAAUCUCAAGAAGCUCCAAAGACAACUAGAAUACAUCCAACUGCAGGAAGAAUAUAUCAAAGAUGAGCAGCGAAACCUGAAGCGCGAGCUCGUCCGGGCUCAGGAGGAGAUUAAGCGGAUUCAGAGUGUUCCCCUGGUCAUCGGCCAGUUCAUGGAAGCCAUCGAUCAAAACACCGGAAUCGUCCAAUCGAGCACCGGCUCCAACUACGUCGUCCGCAUACUCUCCACCCUCGACCGCGAACAACUCAAGCCCUCCUCCUCCGUCGCCCUCCACCGCCACUCCAACGCCCUCGUCGACAUCCUCCCCCCCGAAGCCGACUCCUCCAUCGCCAUGCUCGGUGUCGACGAAAAGCCCGACGUGACCUACGCCGACGUCGGCGGCCUCGACAUGCAGAAGCAGGAAAUCCGCGAAGCCGUCGAGCUGCCCCUGACCCAUUUCGACCUCUACAAGCAGAUCGGCAUCGACCCGCCCCGAGGCGUGCUCCUCUACGGACCCCCCGGCACGGGCAAGACCAUGCUCGUCAAGGCCGUUGCCAACUCUACGACGGCCAACUUCAUCCGCGUGGUGGGGUCUGAAUUCGUGCAGAAGUACCUCGGCGAGGGACCCAGGAUGGUCAGGGACGUGUUCCGCAUGGCGCGCGAAAACGCCCCCGCCAUCAUCUUCAUCGACGAGAUCGACGCCAUCGCCACCAAGCGCUUCGACGCGCAGACGGGCGCCGACCGCGAAGUCCAGCGCAUCCUCCUCGAGCUCCUCAACCAGAUGGACGGCUUCGACCAGACCAGCAACGUCAAGGUCAUCAUGGCCACCAACCGCGCCGACACCCUCGACCCCGCCCUCCUCCGCCCCGGCCGUCUCGAUCGCAAGAUCGAAUUCCCUUCCCUGCGAGAUCGCCGCGAGCGCCGACUCAUCUUUACGACUAUUGCUUCGAAGAUGAGCCUUGCGCCCGAGGUGGAUCUGGAUAGUUUGAUUGUGAGGAAUGAUCCGCUUUCGGGGGCCGUCAUCGCCGCUAUUAUGCAGGAGGCCGGGUUGAGGGCUGUUAGGAAGAAUCGGUAUAAUAUUAUCCAGACUGAUUUGGAGGAUGCGUACUCGAGUCAGGCUAAGGGGACUAGUGACGAGAACAAGUUUGAUUUCUACAAAUAA